AUGGCUUGGAGGGGCUCACAACUGCUAUUGGCCCCUGUGCUGCUGCUGCACCUGGCCUCAGGUGUCUGGGGUUCGACAGUUGUUUCUGAGGAACUUCACAAAACGGUAGGACAGAACCUAUAUGUGAAGUGCCAGUACAAGCCUGAGGCGGGGCCUUACGUGCCGAAAUCGUGGUGUCGUCAGACAUCUUCAGAUAGAUGUAAGAGAGUGGUCACAACCUCCCAGCCUAGGAGGGCCGAAACAGAAUCACAGCAUGCAAUCUGGGACUAUCCUGAAGAUGGCCACUUCAUCAUCACCAUCACUCGGCUCACGGAGAAGAACUCGGCAAUCUACUGGUGCGGACUAUUUAAUGUUUCCCACAAUAAAAUCAGAGUUCUCCGAAACAUCAGCCUGGUGGUGUCUCCAGCAACCACCAUCUUUGUGUCCUUCUUAGUUCUGACGACUUCUCCGGAGGAAACCACUGGCUCUUUCACCCAUGGCUCUCAGCACAGAAACCAGAGUUCUCCUUCCUCUGCUGGUGGGGUGUCCCCAAGGCUUCUGGUCUUUGUGCUGUGUGGAAUCCUCCUGCUCAAGGGCCUGAUGCUGUCAGUUCUCUGCGAGCUCCUUUACCGGAGGAGCUGCCGGGACCUGAGUAUGCGGCAGAGACAGUGA